GCGCAGGCAAUCCACCCAGAGCUUUCAAACCCUUCAAAACCCCCUGCAUCCGCUACAGUCUCCGUCUUGAUCGACAACACCAUCGAACCGGCCAGUCAGUCCAGUAGUUGAUCAUGAAGAACACGCUCGUUCUUUCUUUGGCCUGUUUAGCCCAGUCGACAAGCGCUCUCGUCCUCCACGAGCGCGCGCAGCCAGCCACCGUCCAAUAUGAUAUCCACCGGCGACAGGGCGUGAGCCAUCCGCGGCACAAACGAUCUACGCCUGCGUCAGUAGAUCUCACCAACAAUGAAGUCAGCUACACAAUCACCCUGAACCUCGGCACCCCAGGGCAGCCGGUGGAGGUGAUUCUGGACACCGGUAGCAGCGAUCUGUGGGUGAACGCGGGCAACUCGAGCUCCGACAACCCUUAUGGAACUUUCGAUUCUUCCUCCUCCUCUACGUUCAAAACUGUGAACGACGAGUUCGCCAUCGCAUAUGUGGACGGCAGCGCAGCCGUUGGAGAUUACGUGACAGACACUGUCGCCUUCGGCAAUGUGACCCUGAAAACCUUUCAGUUUGGAUUAGCGGAUGAGAGCAGUACCCAACAGGGCGUCCUUGGCGUUGGAUAUGCCAGCAACGAGUUCGCCGAGCUCCGUAACGAUGAGGAGUACGCAAACCUGCCCCAGGCACUCGUCAAUCAGGGCUACAUUAAAUCUGCCGCAUACAGUCUGUGGCUAGACGACAUCGACGCGGGCAAGGGGACCAUCCUGUUCGGCGGGAUCAACACCGCUAAGUACACCGGCAGCUUGCACUCUCUCCCCAUUCAGGCUGAGGAUGGUGUAUACUCGGAGUUCGCCGUCAACUUGAGCGGCGUGCAUGUCACCAAGUCUGGCAAGGACAUCAGCGUCAACAAUACCGCCUUCCCAGUGCUCGCCGUCCUGGACAGCGGGACCUCGCUGACCUACCUCCCCUCCGGGACCGCCCUCGAUAUCAUCGAGACCGUUGGCGCGGAAUACUUUGAGAGCCAAGGACUGGCGGUCAUCAAGUGCGACGACGCGAAGGACUCGGAUUACGAGGUUGUUUUCGAGUUCUCCGGGUUCAACCUCUCCAUCAGCCUGAGCGACCUGCUCGUGGAAGCCACCUUCGGGUACUGCGCCUUCGGCAUCGCCCCGGAGAGCAGCACUGCCAGCGGCGGCGUCUAUCUCCUCGGCGACACCUUCCUGCGCAGCGCGUAUGUCGUCUACGACCUCGCCAACAACGAGAUCUACCUCGCCAAGACCAACACCAACCCGGGCUCUGACCAUGUCCUGGAGAUCGGCACCGGCGCCACGGCGGUGCCCCAGGUGACGGGGUCCCCCAUCACGCAGACCGCCACCGCGACGGCGGCGACAGGCCACGCCACAGGCAAGAGCGACAGUAGCUCUGACGAUAAGGAGAAUGGAACGGUCACCGCUAUCUCGCGCAGCAGUGGCCUCGGAUCCCUGCUUGUCGGGGUUUCCUCGUUUCUGGCCCUGCUCGUCGCGCUGUAGAUAGCCUUUUUGUAAUUGUAUAUAUUGUUGAUAUCGAGUAACGAUGAUGAGCAGUCCCCACUUGUAUAUACUAUAGUACACACCUAUGAUUGACUCAUGUCUGCUCACCAGGUCUUACCACUGCAACUUCAUUCCUGAUAGCUCAUGCCACCUAUCUUGAAAGAGCUAUUGCUUUCCUCUGCCAGAAAUGAGGUAUAAUUCUCG